UUCGCUUAAGAUGUUUGUGUGUUAACAUAGAAGUACAAAUGCGUAAGUUUUACAUAUAACUUUACAGUGACGAUUUCUAAUAUAGUUUUAUGUUUUGGAUUAUUGAAUGGAAUAAAAAAACGCAACUGAAUGCUAUGAAGUUUUGCUUUGUAAAUGCACUAGUUUUUCUAGUGUUUUUCAAAAAAGAAGUGGAUUCAAGUCAGGAAUACAGAAGCAUAAAGUUGCCCUUGGAAAAUCGUGAUUUUACUGACUCGGAACAACAAAUUGAAAUUAUCUUACCUAUUGAGUUGUUUGGAGAAAGUCUUUUAGGAUUGCCUGCAGGUAGCAGAGUGUUCCAGAUUUCAGCUUUUGGAAACUUUUAUAAUAUUUCUGUUCAGCCUCAAAUUUACUUUGAAGGUGUUCCUGUUCAAUAUUUGAGCUCAAACAAUAUAUUAGAACAAACAAUUUUAGUGAAUCAAACUUGUUUUUAUUCUGGACCAUCAGAUGGAAGUCUGCUCAUUGUUCUCAGUUACUGCGAUGGUUUAGAAGGUUUUAUUAAAGCUCCAUCAGAUGAGUUCUUCAUACAACCAAUCAAAACAGAUGUGCCUAUCAAUAUUUUGAUGCCUAGAAGACACAUAGUUUAUCGUGCAAAAGAUAUUAAUAUUAAUAUUUCUGAUAGUGAGCUACUGUUUGAAGAAACUUCUCAUGCUUCUCAUAUAAAAACAAAUUGGAGAAAAGUGAGUCGGUUCCGUAGAAAUGGUUAUGAAAGUUUCUUAGACUUUAUCAAUAGAUCUGGCCGCAGAGUUCAACUUUUGUAUUUUGAUUCUUACGGAAAAGAACUGCCAUUUAUGACAAUUUUGGUGAAUGAAAAAAGAGGUGUAAAUACGUUUCAUGGAACAAAAUGGUUAGUUAAAGAUGAAAAAACAGGUCAAGUACUUUUGAUUGAUGGGAAAAAAAGUUAUACAGCACGGCAAGGAUCGCGACGUGUUUCUCUUGUAAUUACUACACCAACUGGAAUGACAUUUGAAGAUGUCUUGGAAAAAGAUGGUGGAAAAAUACCUGAUUACUUUGCUGAAGUAAUUGUAGUUGCUGAUCAAUCACUAACCAAAUUUCAUGGCAAAAAUGCACUUGAGAAAUACAUACUAACAAUGUUUAACAUUGCUGAUAUUGUUUUUAAAGACAAAUCAUUUGGGAUUCGACUAAACAUGCAUCUAGUAAAAAUAGUUAUAAUCGAAGACCAGCAGAGUUCUUUUGUUAUACACACAAAAAAUCCUUCGAGAUCUUUAACAUCAGCAUGUAAAUUUGUCUCUACAUUGGAUAGCCCUGGUGGAAAUUAUUUUAAAGAUUUUGACUUUGCUAUUGUUUUGACAAGAGAGGAUUUUGGACCUUCAGGUUAUGCGCGGCUACAUAGCAUGUGCGUGAAAGGUUCAAGUUGUGCUUUGGUCAAAGAUGAAGGACUUACAUCUGCAUUUAUAAUUGCUCAUGAAGUAGGACACUUGCUAAGUUUAGAUCAUGAUGGCGAAGGAGAAUCAGCUAAAUGUGGUGGCGAAACAGCUCGUGGAUCUUUAAUGGCCCCAAUUAUUGUUGCUCGAUAUGAUCGCUUUCAUUGGUCAACAUGUAGCAGUGAAGUUUUAAAAGAAAAUAUUGAGUACUUUCAAUGUCUUAUGGAAAAACCUGAACAACCACAGGUUUUUAAAUUUCAUGAUGGUCUGCCAGGAAAAAUGUACACUUUAGAUGAUCAGUGUCAGUUCAAUUUUAAUCGACAAUAUUCACUUUGCCGAUCUUUCAAAUUUGAUCCCUGUCAAAUGCUUUGGUGUUCAGAGCCUGACAAACCUUCAUACUGCAAAACAAUGAGAAGUCCUGCAUUAGAUGGAUCAAUCUGUAAUGAAGGCAAACAUUGUUUAAAAGGUCAAUGUGUGAAUGAUGCAAAUUCAUCUAUUUACACAACGGUGCAACCAGUUGUUAAUGGAAAUUGGGCAUCAUGGGAGUCAUGGUCAGUAUGUUCUAGAUCAUGUGGUGUAGGUAUACGUAUAAGAGCUCGAGAUUGUUCAAAUCCUAGACCAGGACCUAAAGGAACCCCAUGUAAUGGUGGGUCGUUUGAGUAUGAGCCAUGUAAUACUGAGACAUGUUUUGUUACAAAGUCUUUUAAUGCACUGAGAAGAGAGUUAUGUGAAGCCAUAACUGAAAAAAGUGGUUGGACUCUUUAUGCUGAUGCUCCAUUUCAGAAGAGAUUGCAAUUUCAAAAAGAAAACUUGAACUGCUCAUUUGAAUCAGGUUUUUGUAAUUGGGUAAAUUAUAAUAGAAGUAAACUUGUCUGGCAAUCUCACAAAGGAACAACACCAAGUUUUGGGACUGGGCCUGACUUUGACCACACGACUAAAAAUGAGAAAGGCACAUACUUGUACAUGGAAGCCUCUAGUGCACGAAAUGAAUCUAAAAAUGAAGGUGAUACUGCACGUUUAGUUGGUCCAGUUGUGAAAAUUCCUCGUUUAUGUUUUACUAUGCACUAUAACAUGUUUGGAAAAGAUAUGGGUCAAUUAAAGAUUGGCAUAAUGUAUCAAAACAGCUCAGAUGUAGUUUUGUGGAAUAAAACUGGAAAUAUAGGAAAAGAAUGGCAGAGAGCUGAAGUGUCAAUUGAAUCAGUUGAUAAUUAUCGAAUUUUUAUUGAAGCAGUCAGAGGUAUUCAUUGGUCUUCAGACAUUGCUGUUGAUGAUUUAGCAGGUAAUUCUGGACUUUGUCAAGCAGAAGAAAAAGCUAGAAACCCUUGUACACAGUCUUGUCGUUCACGAGAUGGACGAAGUUUCAAAAUGAAUAUAAAUGUGGCAGAUGGACUAACAUGCACUGAUGGAAGAAAUCAUGAUAUCUGUUUUAAUGGCCGAUGUUUGCCUUUUGGUUGUGAUAACAAGUUCAAUUCGACUUUAAAAAUAGAUGAUUGUGGUGUUUGCAAUGGAAGUAGUUCUUCUUGUGUAAAAGUUAAAGGUGUGAAAGAAGUACUACCUAAAGAUGAUUACGAAAUUCUUCAGAUGCUACCAAAAGGUGUCACUUUUGUUAAUAUAGUGGUGAACUAUUCUCGUGUUUAUUACUUUGGUUUAAAGAAACCUGAUUCAAUAGGUGCUUCUCUUAGUACUAAUUAUGAAGAUUUCAUUGUGAUGGGAGGAACAACAUUUCAGUUUUUAAAAGAGAAUGGUUUGCAAAAAAUCUUUUCUUCUGGGCCAACUCUUGAAGUGCUUCUUCUUGUUGUAUACACUGCAGCUCAACAGUCAGAAGACAAAAUUAAGUUAAAUUACGAAUUCUUUCAACCAAAUGAUGCUCAGUCUUAUGAAUAUAUUCUUGUAGGCUGGACAGCAUGUUCAAAAACUUGUGGAAUAGGUCAACAACAAUCUAUCCAAACUUGCAGAAGUUCAAGUGGAAGAAUAGUUAAUGUGAGCUAUUGCGAGUUUUUGAAAAAACAAACUUAUGUUAAAACAUGCUAUCGCGACCCUUGCCCAGAUCGUUAUCAAUGGCUAACACAUGAAUGGAGCAUUUGUUCAAAAACUUGUGGGGAGGGCUUCAGAACGAGAAAUGUUUCCUGCAUAAAAAAUGAUCGUAAUGCUUAUUAUCCUAAUGAUAUGUGCAUAUUGCCACCCCCAUUUAAUUUAGAGAAAUGUAAUCUUAGAACUUGCCCAUCUGUCUUUUCAUGGGUAGCUGAUCAAUGGUCUUCUUGUACAGUGACUUGUGGUGGUGGAGUAAAAACAAGAAAUGUAUCAUGUACAGACGAGGUUACAAAUCUCACACAUAGUGCUGAAAAAUGUGUUCAACCACAACUCGAGACUGUUGAACCAUGUAAUGAGUUUGAUUGUGAUGCAUUUAUUUGGGAGGUAAGAUUGGAGGGCCAAUGCUCAAAAGCCUGUGGAAGAGGAUUAAAAGCAAGAAUAGUUUACUGUGUAAAUAUUCGCUCAAAAAAUAUAGUACCAAAUGGCUACUGUAGUGGUCCCUCUCCACCAAGAGUUGUUCCAUGUAAUGAACACAUGUGUCCUGAAUAUUUUUGGCAGGUUCACAACAAUAGUCUGUGUUCAGUUACCUGCGGUUUAGGAGUAAUACAAAAAGAAGUGUAUUGUGUUGAUAAACAAACCAAGAAAAAGGUUAUAAAUGAAAAUUGCAUAGCAAAAAAACCAAAUGAUGUAGAGGAAUGUUAUACCAGACCAUGUGAUAAAUAUCAAUGGUUUACACAUGAAUGGAGUGUUUGUUCAAAAACUUGUGGAGAGGGCUUCAGGACAAGAAAUGUUUCCUGUAUAAAAAAUGAUCACAUUGCUUAUUACCCAAACGGUUUGUGUGUGCUGCCACCUCCACUAAGUUUAGAAAAGUGUAAUCUUAGAGCUUGCCCAUCUGUCUUUUCAUGGGUAGCUGACCAAUGGUCUUCUUGUACAGUGACUUGUGGCGGUGGAGUAAAAACAAGAAAUGUAUCAUGUACAGAUGAGGUUACAAAUCUCACACAUAGCGCUGAAAAAUGUGUUCAACAACUACAACCAGAGACUGUCAAACCAUGUAAUGAGUUUGAAUGUGAUUCAUUUGUUUGGGAAUUAAAAGUGGAAGGCCAGUGCACAAAAACCUGUGGUGGAGGAUUGAAAGCAAGAAUAGUUUACUGUGUAAAUAUUCGCUCAAAAAUUAUAGUUUCAAAUAGUUAUUGUAGUGGGCCCUCUCCACCAGUAGUUGUUGCAUGUAAUGAACAUAUGUGUCCUGAAUAUCUUUGGCAGGUACACAACAUUAGUCUGUGUUCAGUUAGCUGCGGUUUAGGAGUAAUUCAAAAAGAAGUGCAUUGUGUUGAUAAACAAACCAAUAAAAAAGUUACAAAUGAACAUUGCAAAGCGAAAAAACCAAAUGAUGUAGAGGAAUGUAACACAAGACCAUGUGACAACUUUGUCAUAAAGUAUGGAGAUUGGCAAGCUUGUUCUGCUAUUUGUGGUCUUGGUUAUCAGAAAAGGCUUUAUUCUUGUACAAAUAACAACAUUGAAGUUCACUUAGAUUUUUGUAAUAUAAAUAAUGUUACAGUUGAAAGAAGCUGUCAAGUAUCAGUUUGUGGAGCUCCAGAACAUCUCCAUUGUGAUUUUGAUGAACAAAACUUUUGUAAUUGGUUUAAUGAGCAAAGCGAUCAGUUUGAUUGGAUCAUAAGUAACAAAACACCAUUUUCAAAUGCGAGUCUUUUGGGAUAUCAAGCUGAUGAAAAGCAUUCAGGCUUGUUUGCAUUCAUUGAAUUUUCCAAUAUGCGUCAUUCCACUGACAAAGCAGUUUUAGUUUCACCUGCAAUCCAGCAAAAUGGCGGUUGCUUUGUAUUAUGGUAUUACAUGACAGGGCCUAAUGUAGGUUAUUUAAAGGUUUAUGUAACAUUUCAGUAUGAUCGCAAGUUAGUUUUUUUAAAAGAAGGACAGCAAGGAAAUGAAUGGAAAAGAGGCGAAGUUAGUAUAGAGCCAUCUCAUGAUCCAAUUAAAUUUAUUAUCGAAGCUAGUGUUGGCGAGAUUGCGGUAGACGAUAUAUUUUUUUACACUGAAAAAUGCCAAGAUAUUUCUUUUCCUUCUCCAAAAGUUGAAGAAAGUUGUAAAGAUGCUUCGCCGUACUGCACUCAUCCUGAGAAACGAAUCUAUUGUUUGGACAGUUCGGUAUACCGGACACUAUGUUGUAAAGCUUGUGCUGAAUUUUUAUAAAAUCAUAGAUCGAUUCUUUUAAAAAAACAACACCAUGUUAGAAAUGUAGAUAAUCCAUUAGUAUUCGUAGCGUCACAAGUAUUGUGUCAAGUAUGUUGUUAAUGUCUGUGGUGAAUUUAUGUAUUCACUAUUAUGCGUGUUGGUCAUGUAUGCUGUCACAAACGUCAUCUAUCCGUCGUAAACGUCAAAGUACGUCAAAAUCUUUUUACACUUAGGAAGUAGCUGCGUAUUAUAUAAUGAUUGCUUGUGUUAAUUCCAUUUUAUUAUCUCCGUAUUUAAUCGGAUUACCCGUUUAAGACUUUAAAUUAUUAUUUAGUCCUAAAUUUAUUCCUAAUAUUUACUCUUUUCAUUUAUUUUUUCAAAAGCAAAUAUUAUUUCAAAAUUUUUUUUUUUUUAAAAAGCAAAUAAAUGUAAACAGUUUCA